AUGCUCAGGUCAAUUCUCUGGUUACUCUUCACAUACAACUUGGAGCGAGAAGAAACUACGUCAACUCAGCGAAAUCUACAAGUCUUUCAUUGUUAUUGUAUCUGCCUGAUGUCCAAGAGCUAUUUUUUUCUUCAUUGUCUUUACUGGGACGCACAUUAUGUUCUCACAAUUUCUGAAGUAUACAGAGGAUUUACUCUGUUCAAAAUUUAGAUCUUGUAAAUGAGCAUUGUCAUUAGUCUUCCUUCUAUACCACAUGAUUGCAGUUUUGAGCCACUGAUUUUGUUUGAUUGCUCUGGUUUUGUUCUGUUUUAUAUGUCAGCUAUUGUAAGAGCUACUGAUUUUGGUUGACUAGAAAUAAACACC